AUGACGACGUCUCCGACUACGCUGGUUCGUAACAAUCUUAACCUGCCGGUGGUCUCCUCUAACUUCGACCAUCGUCCGUCGAUGGCGCACAAGGAAAAGCACGUUGCUGACUUUUCAAGCAAGAAACCGAGUGGGGCUGCUGGGACCUCACGACAGGGAGAACUCUUGGGAUUGUCUCAAGAGCAACGUCCUUCAUACGCUAGGGUGACUGGCCCUAAUACCAAACGACGCCCGGAUAUAUCAGCGCAUAAGUUUCAAGCGCUUAGGCCAAUUCGACAUGGGGAACAUGGGAAGUUGGUAGUCCCUCGCGAACUGCAGGAGUAUCAGUUGAAUAAGUUCAAAUAUGCUUUGAUCGGGCGAUUGAUUUUAAAUAAAGGAGAUAAACCGAGGCAGUCUCGCGACUUAAAGGCUGAACUACAAUCUCUUUGGAAGAUUUCCUCACCGUGGCAAUUGAUGUCAAUGGGAAAAGGAUUUUUUACCAUUAAAUUCCAAUCUCAGGAAGAUAAAGCGGUUGCUAAGGCUCAUAUGCUAUGGGAGUUAUCUGUCGGUUCUCUGAGACUACGGGAAUGGGUCCGGUAUUUCGAUCCUUACAAGGAAUCUUCCUCUCUUGCACAAGUUUGGGUGAGGAUUUACUAUCUCCCGGUGGAAUUCUGGCAUCCCGAAGUUAUCUCGGGCAUAGGACAUUGGCUUGGGCAACCUCUUAAAAUUGAUAGUACUUCGAUGACAGAUGAUGUUGCGCACUUUGUCAGAAUUUUGGUGGAAAUUGAUUUGGCUCAACCGUUACCUGAAACGUUUACGGUGGAUGGAGGGGAUCGAUCGUUUGUUGUUGAAUUCUCUUAUGAAUACUUGCCUACAUUCUGUACUCGAUGUAAAAUCACUGGACAUACGGUGGAGAAGUGUCGUCGAGGAGUAAAGAAUCAACAAUCAAAAGCGGGGAGCAAGAAAGAUGAACCAAAGAAACAAGAGUGGAUUGAUGUGGGGAAGCCUGAUGGACCUGUGUUAAACUGUAAUAACAGCUUCGAGGUGCUGAAUGAGCAGGAGGGGAUGGGUUCGGAAACUCAACCUCAGUUGGACCAGUUGGAACAGGCGGAAGUUCAUUCACCUGUGGGUUUGGGGAAUACUCUUAAUAAAAGUGCUAAUAAGAUUGUGGAGCUUAAUGAGACAAGGGAGACACAUGCUGAGAAGCACGUGGAGUUGGAUAGUCAAGAACCGACGCCUGCUCUUUUGGAAAAGAAUAAUUUGUCGAGUCCUGAUCUGUUGGAUGAACUUUGCAAUAGAAAUUUGAUGGUUUCGGAUACAGGGAAGAAAGUGGCCUCGCAGCAAGUGGAUGGGGAAGUCGUUUUGGAUCAUUCCUUGGAUAAUGAAUCUCGAAAAGAGGACUUGGAGGAGAUUGUGGAGCAUGCUAAAGAAAAUCCUGUAGCGAGGGCGAGCAAGGAUAAUACUAAGAAUUUGCAAGACCUGUUGGUUCAGCAAAUCAUUUCGGAGGAGACCUUGCGAUCGCAAGCCACCAAGCGUGGAAGGGGUAGACCGAGAAAACAAGAGCAGUUGGCACGCAAUCACAAUUUGGCCUUGAUGCAACAAGAAGAAAAUAUCAAAAACAGGCUUCGUAAAUCGGUUGAGGCGGGACAUAGUCCUAAAGAGUACGUCAUUGAUUAUGGCAACUCGGCAUGCAUGCGCAGUAUGGAUAAUGUGGUUAACAAACGCUGGGCAGAUGAAGUGGAGUUGGAGGAACGCCACUCCACACAAAUUUUUAAUCCAUGA